AUGGCGAAUGCUCACUUCGCAAAGGCGGUUUUGCUUGUGGUCGGGGUUGUCAUGCAAGGAUUCGAUAUUGUGGCUGGAGGUCAGCUGGCUGCUUUGCCAGAAUUCCAAAGGCGAUUUGGAUAUCCGCAGCCAGACGGUUCUUAUCUGAUUCCUGCUCGCUACCUUUCCGCCUGGAGCUCGAUCGCUCCUGCGUGCGAAAUAGUUGCUACUUUUAUCUUCGCUCCACUGCUUGAGAGGUACGGACGGAAACCAGGAAUUUUAGCUGCCUCCCUCAUUUCCACCGCGGGUGUCAUUCUCCAGCAGCUGGCAACUGAUUGGCGAGUGCACCUGGCCGGUCGAGGUGUCAAUGGUAUUGCGAUUGGUAUUAUGUUCACCAUCUCUCCGCUAUGGAUUGGUGAAACUUGUCGGCCGGAACUUCGCGGUUUCUUCCUCUGUUUUUUCAAUACUAGCAUUGUCUUUGGACAGUUUGCAAUAGCCGUGGUGGCCAGAGGUAGUAGCCAUUUGGCUGGCAAAUGGCAAUGGUGGUUACCCAUAGUGGCAAUGUAUUUCUUUCCAGCUAUUCUCAUAUCUGGUUGGUUCUUCUUCCCCGAGUCUCCAUACUGGCUGGUGCGCCAGGGAAAGAACAGAGAGGCCCAGAGAUCUCUCCGGACCGUCUAUGGCUUCGAAAACGAGGCAUUCUAUGUAGCAGAAGUUCGCCGAAUGGAGUCGGAAAACGGACGAGAGAUUUCCACCCACGGUAACCUCACUGAGGGCUCCUACAAGUUCCUUGGCAUCGAUGUGUCUACCGAAGCCGAAUGCUUUAAUCGCACUAACCUCAAGAGAACCCUAACUGCAGUUUUUGCCGCCAGCGGACAGCAAAUGAUUGGAGCUACCUUUGUUAUUGGCUACGCAACAUAUUUCUUGGAAUUGAUCGGAGUAAAAGAUUACUUCGAUGCGUCCAUUGUCCUUUAUGUGGUGAUGUUGUUAUCCAGCAUACUAGCCUUCCCACUCACGGAAAUCGUCGGCCGACGAACCAUGAUAGUGAAUCCUCAGUUUUUUCUGUGCUUUGCACUUUUAAUAAUCGGUAUUUUGGGAUGCAUACCAAACCCAGAGAGAGCAAGCUGGGGUAUUGUUGUCCUCAUAUAUAUCUGGGCGAUCGUAUAUCAGCUUUCCAUUGGAGCCGUAGGCUUCGUGUUGGCUUCGGAAAUUGCUACAGCUCGCCUGCGAAGUACUACUCAAGGCCUCGUUACCAUCACCAACGCUGUGUGGGGGCUCAUCAUGCAGUUCACGGUCCCAUACAUGAUCAAUACUGAUGCAGGCCACCUGGGCGGCAAAGUUGGAUUCAUCUUCCUCGGAACAGGUCUGAUUGCAGCCAUUGGAGGAUGGUACCUCUAUCCAGAGACAAAGGGUAUUUCUUUUGAAAAGAUGGACGAGCUUUACGCAAGCAACACUGCUCCUCGACACUUUAGGCGUGUCAUGGCCGCGCAGGGUGAAAUAACACCCCAUACAUGCAAGGUAGAAGGCUCCGAGCAUGUAGAGGCGGUCAACUCCUCUUCGUGA